AACAACUACUAUUAUUAGAAGGUCGAAAAUUCUAACACAGGAUGCAGCAUUCAUUGACUCUCUUCCGUCGACCGUGUUCCCUGCAUUUUUCAGCUGAAACUCCCCACACCCAUCUCUGAUUUCACCUCCAGAUUCCCAACUAAGACCUCAGACACAAAAAAGAACGCAACUUGCAACUACCCAGACUUCGAUUCUGCCUCAUCUUCCAAGUCCAAAGUGCUUCCUUUUUGUUUUCGGUUGGUCAACGAGGUCAAGAUGCUGCUGAGCUUGAAGGGUAUCAUGUAGAUCGAAUAGGACACAGAGGGGUCUGUGAAUUAGUGAAUCAAUUGUUUUUAUGACUUGAUUAUUAUGAAGGUGUAGGUGAAGAUUAGUGUGGGAAACGUGGAGAUGGUGACUUCAACUUGCAAGGGUUCUUUUCUUGUUUGUGCAAUUUUGGUGCUUGAUUUGGUGCUUAAGGUCUCUGGCAAUGCAGAAGGUGAUGCCCUAAAUGCAUUGAAGAGCAACCUACAAGAUCCUAACAAUGUUCUUCAAAGCUGGGAUGCCACCCUUGUCAAUCCAUGCACAUGGUUUCAUGUUACAUGCAAUAGUGAUAAUAGUGUGACCCGUCUUGAUCUUGGAAAUGCAGAUCUAUCGGGUACACUGGUUCCAAACCUUGGUAAUCUACCAAAUUUACAGUACCUGGAGCUUUUUAAUAAUAAUAUAAGUGGAAAAAUCCCAGACGAGCUUGGAAAUUUGAAAAACUUGGUGAGCUUGGAUCUUUACUUGAAUGUGCUAACUGGUCCAAUACCAGCUACAUUGGGCAAGCUUAGUUAUCUACGCGUGCUGCGUCUCAACAAUAACGCCUUGUCAGGAGGCAUUCCCAUGUCUUUGACCGGGAUCAAUUCACUGCAAGUUCUUGAUCUCUCAAACAACCAGCUAAAAGGGACUGUGCCAGUCAAUGGUUCAUUUUCAAUGUUUACUCCGAUCAGUUUUCAAAAUAAUCCUGGCUUGAUACAACCAAAGAUGUAGAUAAACCAAGUUGGUGCAGUAGUAUUUAGUACAUACCUAGUAAGAUUGGAAUCUCAGCAUGGGGUUUGGGAAAGGGAUAGUUUUGUCCAUGCUUGGGAUAAAUGAUGAAAGCUCCAUGAACUGUGGCUCUUGACCAACCAUCAUGUCCAUGCCACCAUAUGAUUCCUUCCUCUGUGGUCAAAUGGAUAACUCGUUUGAACACUGCACCUGGUUGAAUUGGACACUGUGUUAUGUAAGCAGCUCCAUCUGAUCAUGGAUUCCUCCCUUGUCUAGCCCCAUGCCUUUGAAAAAUAAUGCAAAUAUUCUUUCAGUAAUUAAUGCAUAUACUCUCUGUUGUAUAGAGUGGAAGCUAAGGCACAUACCAAUGUAUUGUUAUAUUAUGGUUUGCUUGGUUAUAAACAUUGACAAUAAGAGUGUCUCCUGUGUGGGCCUUCAAGGUUGGACCUGGAAACUCUCCAUUUACUGUCAAAAUAUUCUUGGUGCUGCAUAGUCUAGUGUAACUUGAAGAUUUUAUCUGCAGAAAUUAAAGGCAUAAUUCAUCUAAGUGUUAUGUAACAUGCAUGUAUGAUGAAAUAAAGUAGACUUACCACAAAGUUGUGAUGAUGAA